GUGCGUGUGGUGUGUGUGUGUAGUGUAGCUAAUUGAGUUUACGCGAUCAAGGAAGUGGUCUACAACAACAACAAUGAAACCUCACGUGCAGGGUGCUGUAGCCUUUUGUUUGUUUGAAUAAUCGUGUUGAAAAGGUAGCAAGCUUUCUUCGUAAUGCGUUGAUAAAAGGGCGAGUUUGUUUGGUCCUUUGGGAAUGUAGUGCUUCUUCUCCUCCUUCCACGCACCUCAAUUUUCUUCCUCUCUCUAGCUUCUAAUAAUUAAUCUUUAUCAUAUCACUCUCUCUAGCUACUUUCCUUUGUAUCUUCCUACAACCCUUUUUUCUCUCCCACAAAAGUAGUGUUCGUCAGCAACAGGGAGAGGUUCUUGUGACUUGUGAAAGAGAUUCACAAAUAAUGGCACUAGAGGCUGUGGUUUUCCCGCAAGAUCCAUUCACAUAUGGUUGCGACAAGGAUUAUUUGUACUCCUUAGUAGAACACAACUAUGGUAAUUUCCAAGCAGCGGAAGAAGAGAAAGUCCUCCUAGGAAUCAUCAACAACAACAUAGAACACAACUUUCAUGCAAACUGGGAUUCAUCUUCUACCUCAAUGUUGCAAAACGUCAAGGAACAACAAUGGGAUUCUCACUCCUCCCCUGAAGCAUGCACCGUUGAUCAAUCCAUGACCACCGCUCCUUUCCCUCCUCCUCCUUCUUCCUCCGUGGAAGCCACCGUGACUGCCACGAGUCGCCGUAAACGACGCCGCACCAAGAGCGCCAAGAACACGGAGGAAAUCGAGAACCAGAGGAGGACCCACAUUGCUGUUGAACGCAACCGCCGAAAACAGAUGAAUGAGUACUUGGCCGUGCUCCGAUCCUUGAUGCCUUCUUCUUAUGUUCAAAGGGGUGACCAAGCGUCUAUUAUUGGAGGGGCCAUAAACUUUGUGAAGGAGUUGGAGCAGCUUUUGCAGUCGAUGGAGGGUCAAAAGAGAACGAACCAAGCGCAAGAGAAUGUUGUUGGGUUAAAUGGGUCGACAACAACACCCUUUGCUGAGUUCUUCACGUUUCCUCAAUACACGACACGUGGCAGGACGAUGGCACAGGAGCAGAAACAGUGGGCUGUAGCAGACAUUGAAGUGACCAUGGUGGAUAGCCAUGCGAAUCUAAAGGUACUCUCAAAGAAACAACCUGGGCAGCUUAUGAAGAUCGUUGUUGGGCUUCAAAGUCUCAUGCUCAGCAUUCUCCACCUUAAUGUUUCCACUCUUGACGACAUGGUCCUUUACUCAAUUAGCGUCAAGGUAGAGGACGGGUGUCGGCUGAACACGGUGGAUGAAAUUGCGGCUGCAGUGAAUCAGCUAUUACGCACAAUCCAAGAAGUUACUUUCAGCUGAUCAAUUCAACUUGAAAUUAAUUUAAAAGAGUUUUCUAUCCCUCUCUUCGUUUAUGCUGUGAUUGUGCAUGUCCAUUGCAAUAUUGGAGGGGGUUAAGGUUAAGAAUGUUGCUCUUUAUUUUGUUCUAUAGUCCACCCUCGUCUAAUGUCCUUUUUAUCCAUCCUAGUUGAAAUGUGUAAGGUUGUAUGUACAUCCGACAUGCCUAACAAAUCUCAGUGAAAAUACAAGUCCAUUUCAAUAAUUAAGUUGGGAGUUUAUCCUUUACAUCA